UGUCAUAUUAUUGAGUGUGGUGGAAAGGCCAUCAGUAGCUUAUAAGCGCGUUACGCGAGUCGUUCUUAAAUUAAGAAUCGACAAAAAUUUUUUUUUUACCCUAUCUAAUCAAAUUUUUUAAUAAUAAUAAUAAUAAUUUAAGUUCAUUAACCGCAACAUUGGAUUCGCGUAUCAAUUAAAUGAAAUAAAAAAAAUAUUAAAAUGACAAGGAUACAUAGAUUUUUAAAUCAACAAUCUCAAACAAGUUUGAACAUGUUCAAAAUAAAUCGCGCUAUUUUUUUCUUUAUUUUUUCUAUCCUACUCAUUGACACUAGUGCCUUUAUAAUUGAUUCACCAAAAUACGAUAGAAACAAACAACCAAAAUUCAAGAUCCUGGAUGAUUGUAACGAUGAAAUUUACUGUAAAGGAGAAUUAUUGAAAACCAUUCAAUUGACACAAAUUUUUAAAGAUAGUAAAACAUUUGUUGAUUUAGUUCAAAAAGACGAGCCAAAAGUGACACUGCAAAAAUUCGAAGAAUUGAUGACGAGAACAAGAAGAAAACCAUCGGAAGAACAAUUAAAAGAAUUUAUUAAGGACGCCUUUACAAAUCAAACAGAAUUGGAAGAAUGGAUUCCUUCAGACUGGACCGAAAAUCCACCCAUUUUAAGUCGUAUUGAUGAUCCAAAAUUUCAAAAAUUUGCAAAAAAUUUAACUAUGCUUUGGAAAACAUUGGCAAGGAAAAUUAAAAUACAAGUAAAAAAUCAUCCAGAGAGACAUAGUUUAAUUUACGCUAAUAAUGGAUUCAUUAUUCCUGGAGGACGUUUCAAAGAAUUUUAUUACUGGGACAGUUAUUGGAUUAUAAAGGGUUUACUUGUCAGCAAUAUGUAUGAAACUGCAAAAGGAAUGAUACAAAAUUUCGUGGACUUGGUCAAUGAAUUUGGAUUUAUUCCAAAUGGUGGAAGAGUUUAUUACUUGAUGAGAAGUCAACCCCCACUUCUAACGUACAUGGUUAAAUCUUACAUUGACGUAACUCAAGACUAUAAAUUUCUUAAAAAAAUUCUUCCAUCCCUCGAUAGAGAAUUCGAUUAUUGGGAGCAAAGAAAAAUCGUCGAUGUUAAAUACAAGGGGGAAUAUUACAAAAUGGCCAGAUACUAUGUUAAUCACGAUGGACCAAGGCCAGAAAGUUAUCGAGUCGAUUAUGAGAAUGCCCAAAAGUUUACUAGAGAUGCAGAAAAAACUGAAUUUUAUAAAAAUGUAAAAUCUGGCGCUGAAUCUGGUUGGGACUUUUCAUCUCGUUGGUUUAUCUCCGAAGAAGAAAAUGGUCUAUCUAAGGACUCGAGUCUUUUAAAUAUUACCACAAAAUAUAUUAUUCCCGUUGAUCUUAAUUCAUUUCUUGAAAGAAAUGCCAAAACUCUCAGUAAAUUUCACACUCUAUUUGGACAUUUACAGAAAUCACUUUAUUAUAGUAAAAUAGCUGAGAGAUAUCGAGAUGGAAUAGAAAAAAUAUUGUGGAAUGAAAAAGAUGGAAUAUGGUACGAUUACGAUAUGCUGCACAAAACGCAGAGAAAUAAAUUUUAUGCUUCAAAUUUCGCUCCAUUGUAUACAAGAAGUUAUAAUAAUAAAAAUAAAAUGAUGUAUGCCAAAAAAGCAUUGAAAUAUAUUAAGAAAAUGAAUGUUGUCUUUCGAGGUGGAAUUCCUACGUCGCUGGAAAAUACUGGAGAACAAUGGGAUUUACCAAAUGGCUGGGCACCUUUACAAUCGAUGAUUAUUAUUGGACUUCAUGCAACGGAUUAUAAACCAGCAAUUACUUUAUCUAAAAUGAUUGCUACUAAAUGGCUGAGAUCUAAUUAUCAAGGUUUAACCUGUGAGAAUAAAUUGAAUUGUAAAGGAUACGCAAUGUAUGAAAAGUACAAUGUAGAUGCAAUAGGAGAAACCGGAACAGGAGGAGAAUAUGAUUUUCAAGCAGGCUUUGGAUGGACGAAUGGAGUAGCACUUGAAUUAUUAGAUCUUUAUUGCACUACUACUGUUUAUGACACUGAUAAAGAAUCAAACAAAAAAUGUACACCCAUCCCAUAUUAAAUGAAUAUUUGGAUAACAUAUACUUCUAGAGGCUAAAUUAACAUCAUUUUAUAAUUAUAUGCUCAAAAGAUCAUUUAUAAAAUAUUAAAUUUCAAAUGUACGUGAUUAACGACAACUUGGAUAAUUUAGCAAAUAUUUCAUUUUAUGAUUAUUAGUUAUUUAAAAUUUAACGACGUCAAAGGCACAAUUACGCUUUUGAUCGAAAUACCAUAUUUAAUUUUAUAUCAAUUAAUUGUAUACGUAUGCGAUAUUAUAGUUAUAGCUAACUAUGAUUAUCAAUAUGAUAUUUGUAAAUAUAAAAAAAGAAACAAUGAAAACUGGAUUUUCAUUAAUAAAAGUCGUUGACGACUA